AUGCCCCGCCACCACGACGAGCGCCAGAACAUGGCCCUGGAGCUCCAGGAUGGCUAUGUGUGCUUCGGCCGGAGCUUCGGUGCCGACAAGAGCAUUGCGGGCGAGCUGGUCUUCCAGACGGGCAUGGUGGGCUAUCCCGAGUCGAUAACGGAUCCCUCGUACCGCGGCCAGAUCCUCGUCAUAACCUUCCCGCUAGUCGGCAACUAUGGCGUGCCCGCCCGAGAAGAGAUGGAUGGCCUGCUGAGGGACCUGCCCGCCUACUUCGAGGCCAAAGAGAUCCACAUUGCAGGCCUCGUGGUGGCCGCAUACGCCGGCGAAGAGUACUCGCACCAUCUGGCCACCUCUUCGCUGGGCGCAUGGCUGAAGGAACAGGGCGUGCCUGCCAUCACCGGCGUGGACACGCGAGCACUCACGAAGCGCAUACGGGAGGAAGGAAGCAUGCUGGGCCGCUUGCUUCGGAGGACAACGCCGUCUCCCGUCUCCACUGCCCUCACUAACGGGGUCGUCAACACCCAGAUACUGACCGAUGGCCCCAUCGAGCAACACUGGAGCGCAGACUUUGAGCAGAUUGAAUGGGUAGACCCUAACGCGAAGAAUCUUGUGGCUGAAGUAUCCAUCAAAGAGCCCAAAAUCUACUCCCCCGACCCGUCCACUGCCCUCCAGCACCCCUCGGGCCGUCCUGUUCGCGUAGUCUGUGUCGAUGUUGGCCUGAAGUAUAAUCAGUUGCGAUGUCUUGUGAGGAGAGGGGUCGAGGUGCGGGUCGUGCCUUGGAACUACGACUUCCCAAAGCUCGCCGGCAAGGAUUAUGACGGUCUGUUCGUCUCGAAUGGUCCUGGCGACCCCGCAAUGAUGGAGGCAACCGUAAGCCACAUCCAAGUGGCUAUGCGGGAGGCAAGAACGCCCAUCUUCGGUAUCUGCUUGGGACACCAGUUGCUCGCAAGAGCCGCUGGAGCCGAGACGAUGAAGAUGAAGUUCGGUAACCGCGGCCAUAACAUCCCCUGCACCAACAUGAUCUCAGGCCGCUGCCACAUCACGUCGCAGAAUCACGGAUAUGCGGUAGACGCGAAGACAUUGCCCAACGGCUGGGAAGAGCUGUUUGUCAACGCCAACGAUGGGAGCAACGAAGGCAUUCGGCAUGUUAGGAGACCCUACUUCAGCGUGCAGUUCCAUCCCGAGCAUGCGCCUGGGCCGCGCGACACUGAAUAUCUGUUCGAUGUCUUUAUCGACACUAUCAAGAAGGCUAUCGAGUCAUCCGAGGUGCUUUCGCAGCCAGUUGCGUUUCCCGGCGGCACCGUGGAGGAGAACAAGAAAUUGGCUCCCCGCGUCUAUGUGAAGAAGGUGCUCGUGCUGGGAAGUGGAGGCCUAAGCAUUGGCCAAGCGGGAGAGUUCGACUACUCGGGAAGUCAGGCUAUCAAGGCCUUGAAGGAGGAAGGCAUCUACACGAUCCUCAUCAACCCCAACAUUGCCACGAUCCAGACUUCGAAGGGUCUUGCCGAUAAGGUCUACUUUCUCCCGGUAACCGCCGACUUUGUUCGCAAGGUCAUCCAGAAAGAGCGGCCGGAUGGUAUCUAUGUCACGUUUGGUGGUCAAACUGCGCUUCAGGUCGGCAUCCAGCUCAAGGACGAAUUUGAGGGAUUAGGUGUGAAAGUCCUAGGGACGCCCAUUGAGACCAUCAUCACGACGGAAGACCGCGAGCUCUUUGCCCGCAGCAUGGAGUCUAUUGGGGAGAAAUGCGCCAAAUCAGCCUCUGCCAGCUCUGUCGACGAAGCCAUGCGCGUCGUGAAAGACAUUGGCUUCCCCGUUAUCGUUCGAGCCGCCUACGCUUUAGGCGGUCUUGGAAGCGGCUUCGCCGAGGAUGAGAAGCAGCUGCUCGACCUCUGCAACAAGGCAUUUGCAGCCAGUCCCCAAGUACUCAUCGAACGAAGCAUGAAGGGCUGGAAAGAGAUCGAAUACGAAGUCGUUCGAGACUCUCGAGACAAUUGCAUCACGGUGUGCAACAUGGAGAAUUUCGAUCCCUUAGGCAUUCACACCGGAGAUUCCAUUGUAGUGGCGCCAUCGCAGACCCUUUCGGACGAAGACUACAACAUGCUUCGAACGACAGCCGUCAACGUCAUUCGACAUCUUGGCGUCGUCGGCGAAUGCAACAUUCAGUACGCCUUGAACCCCUUCUCUCGCGAGUACUGCAUUAUCGAGGUAAACGCUCGUCUUUCGCGUUCAUCCGCUCUUGCGUCCAAGGCCACGGGCUACCCCCUCGCUUUCGUCGCCGCCAAGCUGGGCUUGAACAUUCCGCUCAACGAGAUCUCCAACUCAGUCACCCGGGUGACAUGCGCCUGUUUCGAACCAUCUCUCGACUACGUUGUGGUGAAGAUCCCGCGAUGGGAUUUGAAGAAGUUCUUGCGUGUUUCCACGCUGCUCGGCUCGUCGAUGAAGAGUGUAGGCGAAGUCAUGAGCAUUGGCCGAACUUUUGAGGAGGCAAUCCAAAAGGCUAUUCGCGCAAUCGACCCGAAUAAUCUAGGUUUCAACGAGACCGCCGCAUUGAUGAAGAUCGACCAGGAGCUGCAGACGCCUUCUGACCAGCGAUUGUUUGCCAUCGCCAAUGCUAUGAAGGCUGGCUACAGCGUAGACAAGAUCUGGGAAAUGACUAAGAUCGACAAGUGGUUCCUGGGUCGCCUCAAGGACCUAAGCGACUUCGAGAAGCUCAUGUCAAGCUAUAACACGGCCAGCAUCACCAAACCACUAAUGAAACGGGCGAAACAACUGGGAUAUUCCGACCGCCAGUUAGCCAAGUUCUGGGGCUCGAACGAGCUCGCUGUGCGCCGCGCCCGUGUCGAUGCUGGUAUCUGCCCAAUCGUCAAGCAGAUUGAUACUGUCGCUGCAGAGUUCCCAGCGAUGACGAAUUACCUUUACUUGACGUAUAACGGAACCGAGCACGACAUCAGCUUCAACGAUCGUGGAGUCAUGGUUCUCGGUUCUGGCGUAUACCGCAUCGGUUCCUCCGUCGAAUUCGACUGGUGCUCAGUCAGAGCUAUCCGCACACUGCGCGAACAGGGCUUCAAAACGGUCAUGGUCAAUUUCAACCCGGAGACCGUAAGCACUGAUUUCGACGAAGCGGACCGACUGUACUUUGAGAACAUAAGUCUCGAGACAGUGCUGGAUAUAUACACCAUGGAGAACUCCAGCGGUGUAAUCAUCUCUAUGGGCGGGCAGACCCCAAACAACAUCGCCCUGCCUUUGCAUCGCCUGAAUGUCAAGAUUCUUGGUACCUCGCCGGAGAUGAUCGACACCGCUGAGAAUCGCUACAAGUUCUCCCGAAUGCUUGACCGGAUCUCAGUUGAUCAGCCUGCCUGGAAGGAGCUAACAAGUAUCGAAGAGGCCACGGAAUUCUGUGACAAGGUUUCAUAUCCAGUGCUUGUCCGUCCAUCGUACGUUCUGUCAGGAGCAGCUAUGAACACGGUCUACUCCAAGGACGAUUUGGCCAACUUCUUGAAGCAAGCUGCCGACGUGUCCAGGGAUCACCCAGUGGUGAUUACCAAGUAUAUCGAGAAUGCUAAGGAAAUCGAGAUGGACGCUGUCGCACGCAACGGCACGAUGAUCGGACACUUCAUCUCGGAGCAUGUUGAGAAUGCUGGCGUUCACUCCGGAGAUGCUACGCUUAUCCUGCCACCCCAGGAUCUGGAUCCUGAAACUGUCCGGCGCAUUGAAGACGCGACGAGAAAGAUCGGAAAUGCGCUGAACGUCACUGGUCCUUUCAACAUUCAAUUCAUCGCCAAGGAUAAUGAGAUUAAGGUGAUUGAAUGCAAUGUGCGCGCCUCGCGGUCUUUCCCCUUUGUCUCAAAAGUCAUGGGAGUCGAUCUCAUCGAGAUGGCCACGAAGGCUAUGGCUGGCCUACCGGUUACCGAGUAUCCUCCGGUAAAUAUUCCCGCCGACUACGUCGGUGUUAAGGUUCCUCAGUUCUCAUUCUCUCGGCUCUCUGGCGCUGAUCCGGUCCUGGGCGUAGAGAUGGCCUCGACUGGCGAAGUGGCAUGCUUUGGCCGAUCAAAGUACGAGGCUUACAUCAAGGGCCUCAUUGCUACUGGUUUUAGAUUGCCGAGAAAGAACAUCCUGCUGUCCAUUGGCUCAUUCAAGGAUAAGUUGGAGAUGUUGCCGUCUAUCGAACGUUUGCACAAGAUGGGCUUCAAUCUGUUCGCCACAGCCGGGACAGCAGACUACAUACAGGAGCACGGCAUUCCAGUCAAAUUCUUGGAGGUUCUUCCUAGCGGUGAUCAGGACGAACAGAAACCGGAGUAUUCGCUGACCCAACACUUGUCCAACAACGUCAUCGACCUCUACAUCAAUUUGCCGUCCAACAACCGCUUCCGUCGACCGGCAAACUACAUGAGCAGAGGAUACCGGACUCGUCGAAUGGCUGUGGACUACCAAACACCGCUGGUUACCAAUGUCAAGAACGCCAAAUUGUUGAUUGAAGCUCUAGCCCGCCAUUAUGAUCUUGAAAUUAGCAAGGUGGAUUUCCAGGAAUUCUUCCCUGGCGCCCAAGAACAGUCCGAACUACAACUGUCCAGACUGAACGGCUCCUUGUCUCUUGCUCAGCUCCUUGCGAAAUCGCCGUUUAAGAGGAAGCACAUCACUUCCGUCAAGCAGUUCUCGCGCUCCGACCUCCACCUUCUCUUCACAAUCGCCCAGGAGAUGCGUCUCGGCGCUCAACGCCAAGGAUGCCUAGAUAUUCUGAAAGGCCGCGUACUCUGUACCAUGUUCUUCGAGCCUUCGACGCGUACAUCAUCAUCUUUCGACGCCGCCAUGAAGCGCCUAGGCGGCGAGGUCGUUGUAGUCAAUGAAACGGCCUCGUCAACGAAGAAGGGUGAAUCUAUCGCCGACAGUGUUCGUACGCUCGGGUGCUACGGCGACGCAAUAGUGCUGCGUCAUCCGUCCGAAGAGGCUAUCGACAUUGCGGCGAAAUUCUCUGACGUCCCCGUCAUCAAUGCUGGAAACGGCAGUCGAGAGCACCCAACCCAGGCUCUUCUGGAUAUCUUCACGAUCCGAGAAGAGUUGGGAACGGUCAAUGGACUCAGCGUCACUUUCGUCGGCGAUCUCAAGUAUGGCCGCACGGUCCACUCCCUCUGCGAACUCCUCUCGCACUACGACGUCACUAUCAAUUUGGUCUCGCCUCCUUCCCUGCCUGUGCCGGACUCCGUCCGCGACGUAUUGAAGUCUCGCGGUCAGCUCGACACCGUGUCGAACGAUCUGACCUCUGAGAUUGUGGCCAAGACAGACGUGCUCUACUGCACCCGCGUGCAAAAGGAGCGCUUCCCCGACCUCGCGAGCUACGAACGGGUGAAGGACAGCUUCGUGGUCGAUAACAAGGUGCUCAAGGCGGCCAAGGCCAAUAUGGUGGUUAUGCACCCUCUGCCGCGCAACAAUGAGAUCCACGAGGAAGUGGACUUUGAUCCUCGGGCGGCCUAUUUCAGACAGAUGAAGUAUGGACUGUACACGCGCAUGGCACUCCUGGCGAUGGUCAUGGCUCCCUGA